UAGUUUUGUAAUGUAUAGAUAAUGCAAACAUCUCAACAUCUCAAGAAAAAAAAAAAAAUAUUGAUGAAACACUUUUUACCCCAGUGUUAUGUGGUAAUCUGGUGGUCCUCGGAGUCUCUACGAAGAUAUUGUUUAUACAGAUAUGAAGUGAAACACAUCUGUACUAGUCACUCCUCCUCCAUCAGUAGGACGCUGCUCCACCCUCUCCAGUGCGUUCAUCUCUCCGUCCGUUACUGUCCCACGAGUGGAGAGGAUUUCAGCACCGGGACAGAUCCACCACACAUCCACCACCGUCUCAGGCAUCAUGGCGACAGAGUUCCACAACCUCCAGGAGCUGCGUCACAGUGCAUCUCUGGCCACCAAGGUCUUCGUUCAGAGAGACUACAGUGACGGCACCAUCUGCAAAUUCCAAACCAAGUUUCCAGCAGAGCUGGACAGCAGGAUCGAGAGGAGCCUGUUUGAAGAAACGGUGAAGACGCUCAACUGCUAUUAUGCAGAGGCUGAAAAGAUUGGCGGUCAAUCCUACCUGGAAGGCUGCCUGGCUUGUGCUACGGCCUACAUCAUCUUCCUGUGCAUGGAGACACGCUAUGAAAAGAUACUGAAAAAGAUCAGCAUGUAUAUUCAGGAGCAGAAUGAAAAGAUCUAUGCACCCAGAGGUUUGAUCCUCACAGACCCCAUCGAGAGAGGCAUGAGAGUGAUCGAAAUCUCCAUCUUUGAGGACAGUGGCUCCACCAGCUCAAGCUCUAGUGGAAGUUCUCCGACCAGUAGCACGGCUCAAUGACUGGAGGAGCAGCACCAGGGGUACGGGUACAGGGUGGCCGGUACGCUCGCCAAAAUCCGCAUGUUGAAACAUGAGAGCACCAGAUUUUAAAGAGAGAGAGAGAGAGAGAGAGAGAGGAAGUACUGCUCACUCGCUCGCUUCAUCCAGACAACAAGAGCAAAACCAGGAGCUUUAACUCACAAAUACAUCUCCCCCCAUCUCAUUUAAUUCAGCCUUCUUUGCAUUUCCAUUAGUGACAGAGAAAAGUUGAUCAGACGCCCUCAAUAAUGAAAUAAAGAGGGCUAGCAGAUGGGUACAAUGGUUGGAGUGCUUCCUACAGAUUUCUCACUGUUACUUAGCGUUGGAAAAUCAGGUUAAGGUGGUUUUGAAACAACAUGAUAGCUGGUUUCUAGGUAGUCUAAGCUGGUAAUUCACUGGUUUACCAUGUAAGACACCUUAAACUGGCAUGACCAGCUGGGAGCUGGUUUGUUGCUGGUCUAAGGCUACAUCUACGCUAAUCUGGGUUAAUUUAAAAAUGCAUCUUUUUUCUCUAUGUGGUCCUUCAGUCCACACAGAAACAGCAUAUUUGUCCUUCUAAAACAAGGCUUUCUGAAGACGCUCUCCAAAGUGGAUACAUUUGAAAAUGCAGUUUUCAGUUUAUAGAGUAAACCGUGAAAACGGAGGUAUUUGAAAAUGAUGAUGCAUGCUUAGUCAUGUGACUCACAUUAUACUGUACCUAUAGAUGUUUAUACCGGUAUGUGCCUGCUUUGUGCUAUUCACUUUCACAGUGUUGCUAAAGAUAAAUGCUACUUUGUAUAAUCUUCAUACUACAUUCCUGCAAAAAUGACAAAAAUUACUCGCAAUUGCUGUCCUUUGGCAAAACAUGAGGGCAGUUGCGUUUUAGUCAAUACAUGGAAUGGCAAUAGAGUGCGACCUGAACACACCAGUAAGUGGUGAGAUAUUUUACAAAUAAAAUAAUUAUAGCAUAAGAACUUUAUGAUGUCUGGUCUCUCAGUAUCAUCUCAGUGAGCUUUUAUUACAUUUUAUGCAUUUGUAGUUGGAUGAUUUUAGCUUUUUCCACCAUUUCAGUGUGGACACAAAACUUUUGGAAAACGCUAGUGUGGACAGUUAGCAUUUUGAAAUGAAAAUGUCAUUUUUAAAUGUAUCCGGAUUAAUAUAGAUGUAGCCUAAGAUGGUUCCAAAACAUAGCAACCAACUUAAGCUGGAUUUUCCAGCAGAGCUAUGGUGCUUAUUUAGUUUGGACAGUGACUGAGCUCUCUCUAUUCAUCCCCCUGAUGUACCGCAGGGGCCAAAUUCAGCAGUGCCUCAGUUCACUGGCAGUCUUGACCCUUUGCAGCGCUCCAGGCUCAUGUUCCUUCUGUUAGUUCCACCACAUACCUGCACCUCAGAGGUUUAGUGUUUGGUGUCGUAGACAAUAUGCCCAAACCGGGCAAAGCUCUCCUCUGCUCAUGGAGGAUAAUAACAAAUGGCAGCAUGUUUCUUUAUUAUUUUUUCUUACUUAAUUAUUUUUUGUACGAUAAAAUCUACCUCUGGUUUGUGCUUGCGCAGGGAGCUGAGGGAGCCAGUGUAGACAGGAUGAGGUCCAACAUGUAAAUGCGCCUUAGAUAAAGUUUAUUUUGACUGAUCUGGUUCAGAGAAGAUUGACUCACCAGCUGUUCAGAAUGAGCUGUGAGAUUUUUCAUUGCUCUUGUUGGUUUCAUGUUAAGCAUAUUUGUUAGACUCUCAGACAUAAUUCAUGCAAGAAUGCACACUCAUUAUUCUUUUAAAAGAAAUAACAGCCCUUUCCACAGUCGGCGAUUGACUUCCCUUCAGUUUAUGAGUUUGUUGAAAUAAAAAAGUGCUGUAAUGGUCCAGUAUUAGUUGUGCCAGAAAAAUAGAGUUUUAUCAAUAAGGUACAUUACCUGUAUACAUUAAGACAAAUUUACAUAUAAAGGAGGUAUCAUAUGUAAGUUAUUAUUGUUAGGGAAUCAAAUUGAGGCUUUUGCACUGAAAUACCACAUGCAAAGUGGCACAACUAUUUAGUGUAUUUGUACAUAAAACAUAUUUGAGCUGUUGAAUUUGAUCUUCCUUAUCUUGUAGAGUUCAGUCACUAAGUUAAAGCAAGAAUGUAACUAAAUAUUUAGUAUUGGAUGGGACUAAAGUUAAAAGAGAGCCCAUAUUGAUGGACAACAGAACUGAAUAUUAGGGUCCGUGUCCUCCUCAAUGCCUAUGAUGAUUACAACUCUGGAAUAAAGAGAAGAAAAUGUGCAGUUUAAAGGAAAGGAGGGGAGUUUUUAUUGGAAAUGCAGAUCAUAUUUGCUUUUCCAUCCUUUUAUCAUUGCGUUAUUAAAAUGUUUUUAUUAUUAUGAUUUUUAAACUCAUUUUUUUUAUGUGUUCUGUUUAAAGGAGGUCUCAUAGAUAGUCAAUACCCUCACAGUAACUGGACUAUAUUACUGCUGCACUGCUUUAUCGUACACAACUGUUCAAAAAAAAAAAAAGGUUUGGGGUUGGUAAUUUUUUUGGCUGCAUUUAUUUGAUUAAAAAUACAGUAAAACAGUAAAAUUGUGAAAUAGCAUUAGAGUGUCUAUUUCAUUAUGUGGAUAGACAGUAUGAUACAUUUUCUAUUCAAACAAGCACUGUUGUUUCACACAUGCAUAGAAGCCAACAUUUCUGUUUUUCCCCUAUUUUAUGUAUUAAAGUGGUCAUAUCAUACAUUUGUAAACAAUUUAUGAAUAACUUUUCUCCUUGAAGAGUGUGUGUGUGUGUGUGUGUGUAUAUAUAUAUAUAUAUAUAUAUAUAUAUAUAUAUAUACCACACUAUAUUUUUAAUAUAGUUUUUAUAGUUUUUUUUUAAUAUAGUUUUUUAAUACAGUUUCUAAUAUAGUUUUUAACGGUCCCAUCUUCCAGUAACAGCCUCUUCAUAAACUGCAUAACAUAAACAAUCAGUGCAAGACUGGACUGUAAUUAUUGGGGGCCUUGUUAAAAAAACAACUGAGUAACUGCCAUUGAGAUUAAUAGCCUACUUGAGCUAUCCCGCUUCAUCCUUCAUUACCUCACUGUCACUGGACAGGCAAGUUUCUGAACACUGACACUGGCAUCAGUGUGGGUGGUGAUAUGUUCAUGUUUAAGAAGGGUUCAUAAUAUGCUGUUUUUUAACCUCAGUUCCAGUGAAUGCUAUUUUUGGACUGCUUUGGACUUCUUUUAUCUCAAAAUAUCAAUGUAAAUUUGAUUCCACAUGAUAUGACUCCUUUAACUGACUGUUCAUUAUUUUAUGCCAUUUGUUUCCCCUUUUUAUUGAACA